AUGGAGUCGCUUCAGCCGCACCAAGAGGCGCAACGCCUUCAGAACCAGAUCGAUAUCGAGAACAAGAUCAAGGAUGGCGCCGAAAAUUUGCUCAGUGUCUUUGACCUAAAGCUCGCCUCCUCUGCAAAGCAAGACCUUCGCAAGCAGAUCGAGUCUGAGCUCGACUCGGCCACCCUCAGAAUCGCAUCUCUCACCGCCGAGCUCCAACGAUGGAAGCAAACACACUCUACCACCUCGCCGCCUUCCUGGGCGUCCAAUCCCUCCGCCUCCGAUUCAGAGUCUGCCUGCAACAUUCCCGCUUCCACCAUAUCCAGGCUUGAGCAGUCUGCACUCGGAUUCGAGGGCCGUCCAUUGUUUGAGAGUGCCAGUGCCCAGUCCGGUCCCAGCCAUCAACCCGUUCGCAACACCAGCUACGACAUCCUUACCGCCCAUCUCGACCCCAGCAAUGGCUCUCCACCUUCCACCAACUAUGUCAAUGAUCUUGGCUCCCACUUCCACCCCCCUGGCGCUGCAGCGCCUUUUGGAGGUCUCGGCAUCGGUCUGGACGGACAUGCUCCGCUUUCUCUUGCCGGUGCACAGCCAUCAUCCGUCUCUGCGCCUGCGCACUCCCCUCGCCCAUCCGCCCUGCUUUUCGAUCGUUACUUUGUCCCUUCGACUCAGCCGGCGCAGCACAUCGACGCAGAGCAUGCCCGAUCUCACGACCGCGAAGUAGAGGAUGCUCGCGCGUCACGAUCUUUGGCUCUCAUGCUCAUUCGCUCCUUGCGCCCGCCAUCUCCCAUCCCUCCACCCGCAAUGCUGCCCACUCUCUCAGAAAAUGCCGACACGUCCUCACCAACCGUUCAAACUGGCCCCGCUGUCGUUUCUACCGCCACCGUUGAUCCAGUCUCGCCGCCCAGCUCGAAUCUCGCGCUGCCACGUAUGGCUCGCAGAACCGUUGCACGUUCCAGAGCAGCAGCCAUAGCUUCCGGCGCCUCUUCACACGCACGUACGCCCAGCAACGCAACGGGUCUCGACGAUCAAGCCAAGCACCAGAUCGACCAAAUCAAUCGUCUCGUCGACAUUCUCAAGCUACAUGCGCGUGUCCGCUACGAACUACCCCUCGAUCACCUCGUAGAUGCUGCCAUGCCUCAUCUGUGCGAUCGAGCAGGCAAAGAGUUGCGCGCUGCCACCUACCGCCUACUCCGCCACGCUCUCAUACAGCCACUUUCGCCGCUCGUCUCACGCUGUCGCGAAAAGGGCCUCGACAUUUACCUCUCACGUACCCUCAUCCGUGAUAAUCGUUUUGAGCUCGAAAAGGUGCAAGCCAUCAAACUCAUACGAGCCAUCAUGGAGCUGGCAGCACUGCGAUCCAUCACCACAGCUCCUGAUCGUCUCGCCCUCGACUUGCAGCAACUCGUGGCGCCCGGCGUAAUUCGUGCUCUCGCUGCCGUCGCAGAGCAUUCCGAAGACAGGCUCCGUCACAUCUGCCUCGAAACGCUCGCCGAGCUUGCCGUCUUUGAUCUUCGGCUGCUCAUCAAAGCUGGUGGCCUCAGGGCCACUCUCCAGGCGCUCACCGAGGGCGCCACCGAAUUCUCACCCACUUUGAUCCAGGUCUUCAUCUACCUCGUUGACAUGCCUGGCACUCGUCAGCAUCUGCGUCCAGGUGUCGAUCUCGAAAUCGCCCUCUCGGGCUUCACAGAGACUCCGGUGCAGAAACCCAUCACCUACGAUGCUCUACUGCGAUCCACCGCUUCCGUCGUCACCGUCCUCCUCCGCUCCUGGGCAGGUCUCAUCUAUCUGUGCAUGGACGACAAGCGUGCGAUCAAAUCGCUUGUCCAGGCGCUACGUGUCAACACGCUCGACGUCAAGAGCGUUCUACUCGACAUGCUCUACGACCUCUUCAACGUUCGUGGCGCCACCGGACGAGUGGAUCCGGCAAGUAAGCGUGAGAGCAGUCAUAGGACAUCCUCCUCCUCGCCCAGACUCGACCCCGACGCUCCACCUGCAGCUCAAGCCAUCACACGUCUGGGUGAACUUGGUGAUCAGCCGCGCAGCAGGCUUAAUCUCGUGGAUCACUACCUCGCACUCCUCCUCGUUGUCUUUUUCGAAUCAGGUCUUGUGGAUGCCCUCAUCCAUGUCAUCGAGCACGCUCCCACAAUGGCAAGAAAGGCGACGAUGCUCAUGGGAGAGUUGCUUCAAGUCUCUAAACGCGUCCAUCCACCCUCCAUGGGAGGUAACAUCCAUUCGCUGCCCCGCCUCUUUUCGCUUGCUGCCAACUUCAACCUCGAAAAGAGCGACGAAAGGCAAGCAGCUGCUAGCGCGCUCGCCUCGAUCGACAGCGCCAAUCGCCAUCGUGCGCACCACGAAGCCAUGAUCAGCGCAGCUGCCCUAAGCGGCACCGCGCAAAGUACAGCGCGCGAUCGCUCCAACUCGAUCGAAGAAUCGAUGCGCAGAGGCCAGAGGCAGGUCGAAAAGACCAAGAUGCGCAUGGGCAUGCAGAUCGACGAUGUCCAAUUCCGCAACAUGAUGGUCGACACCCAGGUCCUCGUCACCAAAGACCACACAAAAUGGAAUCUCGAGACUCUUACAGAGAUGCUAGAAGGCCCCUUGCUCAACGCGAAAAGGCUCGAUGAUGUAGUCAAGGGCUCAAAGCUGCUCAAACGUGUUCUCGCUUUUUUCCACCCAUUUGCGCUUCGCUUCGCCAGCAUACGCAAACUCAACGCAAACCGGCGCUUCGUUCGGCUCGGCUGUCUGCUGCUGAGCACACUCGCCGCGACACCUGAAGGUGCACGCGUUUUGAGCGAAGAUCGCUUGCUCCGCGAGGUGCGCGAGUGCCUGGAUCAGCUCGAUCCACUCUCAGGUCUCUCCACCUCGGAUCCUCUGCUCUCACGCAAGCGAAUGGACGAGACGCUCACCUCAGGCUACUUUGAGAUGAUCGGCAUUCUGACCCAGUCGGCUGAAGGGAUUCGCUUGCUGGAACGCUUCAAGAUCUUCACUCCCUUGUACCAUCUCUGCGCGCUGCGCAGCAGAGACGAUAUUGUCAAGGCGGUCAUCGAAAACGUGGACUACAGCAUUGAUGGCCACUCGAGGAUCAUCCUCGCAAAGGCACUCACAUCGAGCUAUCGAGAUGUGCGUCUCUUUGCAACGCGGCACCUGGCUGAGCUCAUUCGACAGCAGACCUUGGCCGCCAAUGUCAAGACUGGAUCGAGGGUGCAGAGCGACUGGACGCUCAACCUGCUGCUCACGCAGCUGUACGAUCCGUCGGUUGAUGUGCGUCAGCUCGCCACCAAAGUGGUCGAGGAGGCCUGUACCUCGAUUCAAAUCCUCGAAAAAGUCGUCUCGAUGCGGCCCACUCUGGAUCACCUGGGUGAGCUAGGCCAUCCGCUCUUGCUCAAGUUCCUAUCGACAUCGGUUGGAAUCCGAUAUCUCUGGCAGGGCGAAUACAUUGAUCGCGAGAUGGAUGAAUGGUUCAACGAGCGCAAUCAGCGUUACAUGGUCGAGGUCGAAGUGAUGCUUGCCGACUUUUUCAGCAUUUACCGCAAAUCACCAACCAACGGCGGUGGUGCAGGUGCCUCAAAUGGUCAAACGUCAACGUCCGCUUUUGCACCUCCACCGCCCGCCACGGUCGACCCUGCAAAGGACGGUGUGGUACCGCCUCAUUUUUACGGUGAACUGGCCAAAACGCCAGAAGGCUGUCGGAUUCUUCAGCAGAAAGGUCACUUUGCUGAGUUUGCGCACUUCAUCCGUCAGCAUGGCGGCGAAACUUCGGACAGCGAGCUUAUCAACAAGCUCAAGAGCAUUCUGUGGACCGUCGGCAAUAUCGGCGCCAACGAGCUUGGACUGCCAUUUCUAGAAGCAGAAGAUCUGGUUAGUCAGAUUGUCGAGAUUGCCGAGAACUCUGCGGUGUUGUCGGUUCGUGGCACGUGCUUCUUCGUGCUGGGACUCAUCGCAUCGACGAAUUCGGGAGCCGAAGCGCUGCAGGACUAUGGAUGGCAAUCGGUGUGCACGCCUCUGGGGGCACCGAUGGGACUGUGCAUCCCUGACGACGUCAAUCGGCUGGUCUCAAUUGCUCGCUGGGAGGUCAACAAGGUGCCGGACCUGAGCUACCUCGAGCUGGCACCACCCGAGACGCUGGUGGCGAAUAAGAUUAUUACUUCAAUCGCUAACCUUGGCAACUCGAUCCUGGCAGCUAAUGCAUCACGAGCGUUGAGCAGACUCAAGGCCAAGCACAAAGCCAUGUUCAAGGAUUUGUCGGUGAUGGCGAGAGCUUUGGAGUUGAUGAACCACUUUUAUUUCCGCGUCUCGGUGAGACGGUAUAUCUGGGAUCUCUUUGACGUUAGCUUGGACGAAGAUGUGGUCCAAGGAAUCCGGGCCAGCAGACAAAGGCUGAUCCAGGCCAGGCAUCUCCAGGCCGCGCAUUCUAUGCGAUCCCCAUCUGAAGCUGACAUGGCAAAUGCCGUCCGAUCGCCGUGCUUGACGACAAGCGGAUCAAGGGACACUUCGGAAAGAUUUGAAAAUGCCACGAUACGGGGACUGGGACGCCAAAGCCAAGACAAGGAGCAGCCCCAGCAUGGCUUGAGCGCUCUAGCGGGUCAUGACUCGUCUAUGCAGUCGGUUUCAGAUCGAGAUUCAGAAUCGUCUCCGCCGCACUUGACUCAGGCGAGAAGAGGGAACGGAACGGCAAGGUAUGGUGAUGACGAGGAUAGUCAAAAUGAUGAGGAUGCGGACGAGGUAGGACUUUCCAGCAACCUGUCGUCGGAUGACGAGGCGAGCGAUACUUCACAAGAAGGGACCAAACCGAUGUUACAACCCGGGCACGGUUUUGGAGGGGCGAAUCGGCGCAUGACAGCGUCUGGAAAUGGCAGAGGAACCAGCAUGCGGUCGUCGACGCUCAAGGGACACUGGUACGCAAGACAUGAGCCGAUGCAAGCGGAAAAGGUGGUAGCUGCUCCGGCCAAGAGAGUGAUCGGAUUCGGCGUCGAGGAGGUAUAA